ACUGGAUUAGUUUGGAUAACGGGAAAUAGUAAACAGGACAAAGUUAGUGUAAGGAGAGAUUGAGAGCAGUGCGUGUCUUAUUUAUAAAUAAAAGUAGUGCGGUAGCCUUUUGGACUGCGAUAACAAAACGAGAGAAAUUUGAAACUCGAUGUAAUGAUCGAUCUGAUUGAACUAUCAAAUGCAACAUCAAUACAUCCAAUUCCAAGUUCAACGUUCUCUCCAAAUCUCCUCGUACAUCGUCACGGUCAUCGUCGCGAAGAGAAAAAAAUCCAAUCUCCCGAGCACAGAAUGUCAGCCUCGGCAGUGUAGAGAAGCACGUGGUGAGCGGUGCCAGUGAAAAUCAACGACGUCGAUGAAUUUGGGUAAGGUGUAUCGACUUUUAUGAGAGACGUCUUGGUCCACCCACGAACGAUGAACCCUGACUAUAGUCGCAGCUGAUGCUGCUAAUGGGGCUUCGUUCGGGAUCAGCUGUUUAAAGGACGACUCUAGAGCGGAAAGCCUUUUUUGCCGCAGUUGUCAGGUUUGAAUAAAAAAAGUUCGAGGAAAAAAAAAAUGCCGAGACCUGUUGCUUAUCUGACGAGAAAGGAGUCCAUCUCCUCCUGCCACAGACUGCACAGCCCGCACCUCAGCGACGAAGAAAACGCAAAAAUUUAUGGAAAGUGUAAUAACUAUUGGGGUCAUGGACACAACUAUACUGUGGAAGUUACCGUGAGAGGACCUGUUGAUCCUACAACUGGUAUGGUCAUGAAUAUUUCUGACUUGAAGGUAUACAUGAAGAAGAUUCUAAUGGAUCAGCUGGACCACAAAAAUUUGGAUAAAGAUGUUGAUUAUUUUAAAAAUGUUGUCUCAACCACGGAAAAUGUUGCUAUUUACGUUUUUGACGAGAUAAAAAAAUUACUUCCGCAGCCGGAAUUGCUUUACGAAGUGAAAAUUUACGAAACUGAUAACAACAUUGUUAUUUACAGAGGUGAAUCGAUGUGAUUUUCCUGAAAUAUGUUUUUCUAAAUAAGUGGACAUUCCAACGGAACUACUACAUAAAUGCAGUAUUUUUAUAAUUAUUCUUGUUGAAGCAUAUUUUUGAAAUUACAUAUAAAAUAUUUGUAAUAAAAUAUUUUCGGAUACCAGUACCACACUUUCAUUAUUAUAAAACUGUCUUAUUGUUAGAACAAUACUACAUAAAACAAUUUACUUAAUUGUAGAUUUUUGUAGUAUUGUAUUUUAUAUAAUCUUGGUGUAUAAAAAAUAAUAACUGAUAAAAUUUUAUCAUUUAAUGAAUGCUUUUAUUUAUUAAAUAAUGUUCUAAAAUAGAGUGUACAAUGUAAAAACUAUCAUGGUACAAAUUUCGAUAAUAAAAUAAGCAAGUAUUUUUAAAAUUGAUUUCUAAAUAUCGGGCUAACAAUGCCGAUGGUAUGGAAUAAACAAUAAUUCAUAUCUUGAGUAAAUAAUGGUUAAAAAUGAAUGUUUACGAUGCUCUAAUAAUGUUCACAUCGAAUAUUUAAAUAUUUAUAAUUACGGUUUACUAUUGAUAUUAGCGGGCCUAUGUUUCUCAGUGUAUGCAUUUAGCAUCAAGUAUUGGCUAUAUCUUUAAAAUUUGCACAUUUUUACAAAACUGCUAGUAUUAUGUAUGCACAAGUAUCACAUAUACUUUGAGUAUAGAUUUUCUUCAUAUUGAAUAAAUUAUUAAAUAUCUAUUGCGAUAUAAUUCAUAAGCAGUAUCAAUUAAAUUAAUACACUUGGUAUCUAGGGAUAUCUCUUUGAUGUAGUCACAAAUUCUUUUCUCAUAUGAUUUCUCUGAUCAAUAUGUUGAAUUCUAUGUAACCUGUACUCUUUUAUUGUAAUAAAUAUAUCAAAUACUCAA